AUGGAGCCAAAUUUUACUCCCGAAAGUCAAUACGAGCCAUUUGAUCGGCCGCAGCAAGGCGCUGAAGUUGCAAAGUGUCCGUUGCACUUUCAUACAGUGUUUACGGAUACUGCCGUUCUUAUGCUGAACGAUCUCCCAUCUCACAUUCUUCUUAGGGUUUAUCAACUGAUAGAGCCUAAGGACCUAAAGACGCUUCGUGUUGUGCAGCGACGCAACUAUGAGUUCAUUACAAAUUAUCGGAACUGCCUACGAAAGACGCCAGUGAUGGUUCGGUUACGAGCAGAAGAGCAUGGAAUCAUCAUCGAUGUCUACAAAGCUCAAUUUUCAUUGGAUAAACCAAGACGAUUCGCGAUAAUUUCUUCCGAAUUGGACGAGUUACGUCGUUUCAAGGAACUCGCUGUGAAGGGUUUGAUCCUGGAAAGUGCACCAGAUGGUGAUGUUCCGGUGUUGUUUCAUGCUGCUUCGGUACUACCGAUAGAUGCAGAAUGUUCAUUGACAUUCAAAUCACUUUGUUUCUCCGAAUCAAACAUCAAACAAGUGUUACAGUUGCUUGCACAAAUUCGAUCGAUACCUUUAUUGAAGCUGAAGGAAUGUGUUUUUCCUGCUGACUGUGUACCAGGUUUCUUUCUGUCCUCACAGAUAGCGUCUCGAUCAUUCCGAAUCGAGGAUGAUCAGUGUUUCAUUAAAGGAAACGAAGAAACAUCGAACGGUGUAGGCGAUAUGCUCCUAUGCCACUUUCUUUCUUCCGAUUGUGAUUCCAUGAGUCUUUCCACUGUUGCUGAGGUGUCAUUUCGUGGAUUGAUCAAUUUCAUUCGGGCGUGGCGUCGCACACCACGACAGUUUUCGCAAGCUUCGUUCGUACGUUCAGAGCGUUUCGACAGUGAAUCGAACUUUGACUACGUUCCAGCUACCAUUUAUCCGUUCUGCAAAUCGGAUCUGGUGCUGCGAGCACAGAUGGAAAGUCGUCACGAAGUACGUCUCGUCACGGAGCGGCUUGGCUCAGAUUAG